AUGGCUCCAAGGCACGCUGAUGGUGCUAGUCUGGCUUCAGACAAUGUCGUGCUCCUCCCUGAAGAGACCAGCACAGACCGAGGGUGGGCCUAUUCGUCGGCUUUAAGCACUCUAACUCUGCACGGCCCAUUGGUGGGCAAAUCGAGCACGGGAGAGGAGUCGCAGAUGAUCUGGCAGAAGUCGACUCGCAGUAAAUCGCAGUAA